UUGUGGUAUUUUAUAGGUUUUUGUAAUUUAGUUCGCUUUGGCAGGAAAAAACAAAAAACAAAAUUGUGAAAAGUGUAAAGUUCGGGCCAAAAAUCGUAGGAAAAAGUGGAGCGCAACAAGCAAGGGCACGGAAAAGCGCUCAAUAGAAGGAAGACGAAACAUACCACCUGCCGACGAACCUACCUUUUACCUUUUACCUCCCUACCUCCUUACCUUUUCAAUCUGAUAUAUUUUCACACGAACACAAGCACGCACACCGACACGGACACGCACGCACACCUGCGCAAGUACACUGUCAUCAUUGGACUUGUUGUGUUGUGCUUUUCUUGGUUUGUUAUUUGCGAAAUCGAAAGACGCGAAGGCCACACAACAAAUGCGUGCGGCGGCGGCGAGAAGGUAUAGAGACUGAAAGAUUGGAAGUCGCUGAAAUCGCAGUGGAACUGCAAGUGGAAAUUGCCGAGUCACGCGGGAUCAGCAGUCGGUUACAAUGUCCAUGCGAACGAAGGUUCUGGGCCUGGUGGACGUCAUCAUGCGCGUGCCGCCCGUGAUGGUCAUCGAUGAGAUCCUGAAGAUCGGCAUGGGUCUGCCCACGCGGCUCUAUCCGGACAAGUCGUCGUCGCCGUCCUCGUCGUCGUCCGCCGAAUCCCUGCCCCAGACAGAUGCCUCCUCUACGGACGCCAGCCAAGAUCCCUUUGCCAGCGUCAAGGCCUUCUUCGGCCUGAACGGCGCUGAUGGUAUAGCGGCCGCCACCACCUCGGCAGCCGUUGCCGCCCAGGAGGCCCUGGAGCGGAGCAUCGAGAAUGCCUCGAGAUCGGCGCAAUCGGACGGCAUUCUGAGCUCCGGCUUCAAUACGCUGAUGAACGAGCUAGCGCAGGACGAGUCGCUAUCGGAUCUAAUCAGCAUCACCACCGUCAAGUUUGUCAUCUGCCUGUUUGGUUUCCUCUCAGCCGCCUGCAUCUUUAUGCUCUGGACCCGUCACCUGGUGAUGGUCUACAUGUUCCUCACCUCGCUCGGCCUCACCUUCCUCUCCUACUGGUCCAACGUGAGUGCUUUGGCUUUGAUGGAGCGCAGUCCCUGCAUACUGGAGGACCUGAUGUCGCUAAACACCACGAGAUUACUGGACUCAGGCGGUGUAGUCAUGUCGUUGGCCCCGCAUCUAAUGGCCCAAUGGUUCAUGGGCAUGCUCUUUGCGUAUAUCCAUUUGGGUCCGAGAUUCGAGAUGCUCCAAAAGUCAAUGCCCAUCAUCUUUGCUAGUCCCAUACUGGUGGCCAUGCUGCCGCUUCCCCCCAAGAUGGUGCAACAACUGCCCGUGGUGGCUGGAUUUACGCCCAUUAUCCUGACAAUGAUAACGCUGAUGCACAGUGCCAUGGAGGCUAGUCGAACGGUGUACAAUGGUUAUCAAUAUGCCAUGAAUUUCGUGUCCAAUUUUGGUCUGUCAGCUUUGAUUGAGAACGAAUGGCAGCGAUUGAAUGUGCCCAAUGUAUUGAGGGUUUUCUGGACCAUUAGAAUCAUUCAAGGCGGCUAUGCCUUGGCCAUGGCGGAAACCGAGGAACCCUUUGAACUGAUGCCAGCCACCGAGAAGCUCCUAGUCGAUGGCUGUGAAACACUAACCGCCGUACUGGGCAUGACCGGUGUCAUCUCUAUGAUCUGCCAUUACAUUGGUCGGGGCUUCCAGUGGUAUCUGCUUACCUAUGACAACGAUGAGGAGAAGUCCCUGGGCACUGUAUCGGCGGUGCUCUUCUACAUUUUGGCCCUGCAAACGGGCCUGACCUCUCUGGCGCCGGACAAGCGCUUUGUGAGAUUGUGCCGGAAUCUGUGCCUGCUUAUGACCGCCUUGCUGCACUUUCUACACAACAUCGUCUCGCCCAUUCUGAUGUCGCUGAGUGCGGCGCGGAAUCCCUCAAGGAAGCGUCAUGUUCGUGCUUUAACCGUCUGCGCUUUUCUGGUGGUGAUGCCCGUAUCCCUGCUCUACUACCUCUGGUCACAGCGAUCCAUAUCCACCUGGUUGCUGGCAGUUACCGCCUUUUCCGUGGAGGUUAUCGUUAAGGUGCUCGUUUCACUGGCCACCUACACGCUCUUCCUCCUGGACGCCCGUCGCCAGUUCUUCUGGGAGAAGUUGGACGACUACCUGUACUACGUUCGGGCCUUUGGCAAUUCGGUGGAGUUUUGCUUUGGCAUCCUGCUCUUUAUAAACGGUGCUUGGAUCCUGAUCUUCGAGUCGGCCCAAAAUGCUACAGGCGGCGCCAUCAGAGCGAUCAUGAUGUGCAUCCAUGCCUACUUCAACAUUUGGUGCGAGGCCCGGGCCGGGUGGUCCGUGUUUAUGAAGCGUCGAUCGGCGGUCCACAAGAUCUCCGCACUGCCAGAGGCAACGUCAGCCCAGCUGCAGGCCUUUGACGAUGUCUGUGCUAUUUGCUACCAGGAGAUGUACUCGGCCAAGAUAACGCGGUGUCGGCACUUCUUCCAUGGCGUUUGCCUGCGCAAAUGGUUGUAUGUCCAGGAUCGUUGUCCUCUGUGCCACGAGAUAAUGAUGUACACGGACAAUAAUGCCCAGGAGACGGAACCAGUGGCGGCGGCUCAGGCAGAACAGCCGCUCAGGCUCUAUCCCAGAGAUGAUGGCAACAAUGCCGGCGGAGUGGCUCCGCGACGCUCGCCGGAACGUACUAUUCCCGAUGUGCCGGAGACGGCCGCCGCUUCUACAAACGCAACAGCAGCUGCCGCGGCCGUGAUUGGAGCCGAGGCUGCCGCAAACAUUGUCGAGUCGGCAGCUGCUGUGGCAGCAAGCAGUGCCAGUGUCAGCGUCAGCGCCAGCGGUAGCAGUGCCAGCAGCAGCUACAUGAGCUCCACAUCCGCCCAGCCGCCACCGCCAACGGCCACAUCGGCGGCAGCGGUGGCCACGGCGGCGGCCAGCAAUACAACGCACAUGUUCCGGAUGUCACAGGAUCAGCAAUAGGCGUACCUUCUUGAACUUCUAAUAUAAAUAUUAUGUAAAAAUGCAAAGGCUUCUUCUCUCUUUUCCUAACACACUCCACACACACGCACACCCCACACACCCACACCCUUCGAUCCUCAUAGACAGACGCAGCCAUGCUUAAAUUAAAUUAAAUUAAAUUAUAAACGCGCCCCUGCACGAGUUGAAGAGA